UGUUAGUCUAUAAGGUGCCACAAGAUUCUUUGCUGCUUUUAAGUUUCUCAUGAUCCCCUGAUUUUCUCAGUCAAACGCCAUGAAUUAUGCAUUUAGUUCCCUUUACUUUCAGCAGGCCCAGAGCCACAGCCUGCCCUCAGUUAAGAUGGCUGCCAUUUCCCUGUUCCAAUUGCAGGGAACUUCCAUCAUUUCCAAUGGGACUGAAGCCAGGCUGCUCUUAGGGAGGAUGGUCAUCCUCUGCCCUCCAUGGUUAGGGAGCUGGGCAGGAAAAUGUAGAGAGGAAAGGGGGCAGUGACAGGAGAUUGCUGAAGGUGGGAGGGAAUGUGAGGGUGCAGUGGGAUAUGGAGGUGCAGAGGAACACAAACAUACAGGGGUGUAGGGAAAUAUGGGGGUACAGGGACAAACAUACAGGGGUGCAGGGGGGACACAAACAUACAGGGGUGCAGGGGGAUAUGAGGGUACAGGGACACAAACAGGUGCAGGGGGGUAUGGCGGUACAGGGACACAAACAUACAGGGGUGCAGGGGGAUAUGGCGGUACAGGGACACAAACAGGUGCAGGGGGAUAUGGCGGUACAGGAACACAAACAUACAGGGGUGCAGGGGGAUAUGAGGGUACAGGAACACAAACAUACAGGGGUGCAAGGGGAUAUGGCGGUACAGGGACACAAACAUACAGGGGUGCAGGGGGAUAUGAGGGUACAGGGACACAAACAGGUGCAGGGGGAUAUGGCGGUACAGGAACACAAACAUACAGGGGUGCAGGGGGUAUGGCGGUACAGGGACACAAACAUACAGGGGUGCAGGGGGAUAUGGGGGUGCAGGGGGGUAUGGCGGUACAGGGACACAAACAUACAGGGGUGCAGGGGGAUAUGGCGGUGCAGGAACACAAACAUACAGGGGUGCAGGGGGAUAUGAGGGUACAGGGACACAAACAGGUGCAGGGGGAUAUGGCGGUACAGGAACACAAACAUACAGGGGUGCAGGGGGAUAUGGCGGUACAGGGACACAAACAUACAGGGGUGCUGGGGGAUAUGGGGGUGCAGGGGGGUAUGGCGGUACAGGGACACAAACAUACAGGGGUGCAGGGGGAUAUGAGGGUACAGGGACACAAACAGGUGCAGGGGGAUAUGGCGGUACAGGAACACAAACAUACAGGGGUUCAGGGGGAUAUGAGGGUACAGGGACACAAACAGGUGCAGGGGGAUAUGGCAGUACAGGGACACAAACAUACAGGGGUGCAGGGGGAUAUGAGGGUACAGGGACACAAACAGGUGCAGGGGGAUAUGGCAGUACAGGGACACAAACAUACAGGGGUGCAGGGGGAUAUGAGGGUACAGGGACACAAACAGGUGCAGGGGGAUAUGGCGGUACAGGAACACAAACAUACAGGGGUGCAGGGGGAUAUGGCGGUACAGGAACACAAACAUACAGGGGUGCGGGGGGAUAUGGCGGUACAGGGACACAAACAGGUGCAGGGGGGUAUGGCGGUACAGGGACACAAACAUACAGGGGUGCAGGGGGGUAUGGGGGUGCAGGGGGGUAUGGCGGUACAGGGACACAAACAUACAGGGGUGCAGGGGGAUAUGAAGGUGCAGAGAGGGAGACUGGGGUGCAGGAGCGGGCUAAGGGAGGGGUUGGGGAGGGAUGGAGUGACAGCUCCCCCCAUGAUAAGAGCAGCUGGCAGGGAGACCCACGUUUUCCACGUGCGUUUAAAGCUGAAUUCCCUCCUUCGGCGUUGCCAGCUCCAGUGACUUGCCCGGGAUAUUGGGGGCUGCUCGGACACUCCCAGCUCCCGGAGUCCCGGGAUCAGCGCUCCCCAGCCCGCAGCCGGCCGAGCCCAGGUGAUGCCCCCAGGGCCUGCCCCAGGGAGUGGGGAGCCCAGCUGCUCUGUGCCCCCGGGCGGGGGGAGCUGGUGUCCCGGG